CAAAUAUUGACCGGGGGGCUGUGAGUCAAUCAGUUCAGUGGAUUUUAACCUUCAGUUUUUUUCAGCUCGUCUCUGUUUCUCCCCUGCAGAAGGAUCUCAUCUGUCUCCCAGCGUUGUGUGUGUGUUUUUUAUUUUUUAUUUUUACAUAUGUGUUUUUAUAUGUGUGUUUGAGCCCAAAGGCCUGGAAACAUGAGGCGUCUGCUGCUGCUUCUUCUCGGGCUCCUGGUCCUCCAGCAGGGCCGCUGCUUUGAGUUUGUGAUAGAUGGAGAAUGGGAGGAAGAGACGUCACAUCUACAGGAUCAUCGGGAGAGACACAAGAGAGCGAUAUUGACCAGCGAGGAGCAGGAUGACUUUGAGGCCAUCCGUGGAGAUGACAUCACCGUCAAGAGCUACAAGGUGGAGAGCCGGAUCACGUCCCGCUUCGCCCACACCACCGUCAGGAGUUCGGUGAUCAACACGGGCUCCAAAGCCCAGAGCAUCGGCUUCAACGUCCAGAUCCCCAAACGUGCUUUUAUCACCAACUUCACCAUGAAUGUGAACGGGAUAAUAUUCAUAGGCUCCGUGAAGGAGAAGACGGUAGCCAGGAACCUGUACGCCCAGGCCAGAGCCAGAGGCAAGGCUGCAGGCAUCGUGAGGGCUAAUUCCCAGGACAUGGAGACCUUUAAGACAGAAGUCCAUGUCCCUCCUGGCAGCAACAUUGAGUUUGAGCUCCACUACCAGGAGAUGAUGCACAGGAAGCUGAAUUUCUAUGAGCACUCACUGUACCUGCAGCCUGGGAGGCUGGUGCCACAGUUCCAGGUGGAUGUGUACAUCUUUGAACCAAAGGGCAUUUCCAUGGUAGAUCUGCCGAACUCCCUCGGAGCGCAGUUUACAGAGUCAAUCAAAGUGACAAAAACCAAAGACAAGGCUCACAUUGUCUUCAAGCCCAGCCUACAGCAGCAGAGAAAGUGUGAGAACUGCACAGGAAGCGCCAUAGACGGCGUGUUUACUGUCAGAUAUGACGUGAACAGGGACAGCAAUGCCGGGGAACUCCAGGUCUCCGAUGGCCAUUUUGUCCAGUUCUUCGCUCCUUCCAACCUCUCGCCUCUUUCUAAAAACAUUGUGUUUGUCAUUGAUGUUAGUGGAUCCAUGUGGGGAGUAAAGAUGAAGCAAACGGUGGAGGCCAUGCAGGCUAUUUUGGAUGACCUGACCAUAGACGAUCACUUCAGCAUCAUUGACUUCAACCACAAUGUGCGUUGCUGGAGCGAGGAGCUUGUCCCCGGCUCUUCUAUUCAAAUCGAAGACGCCAAGAGAUACAUCCAGAACAUCAAACCCAACGGAGGCACCAACAUUAAUGAGGCGCUGAUGAGAGCAGUUCAGAUGCUGAUAAAAGCGGCAAAUCAGGGGCUCAUUGACCCUCGAUCCGUCUCCAUGAUCAUUCUGGUGUCUGAUGGAGACCCUACUGUGGGCGAGAUCAAGCUGAGCACCAUCCAGAAGAACGUGAAGCGGGUGAUGAGGGAGGAGUUUUCUCUCUUCUCGCUGGGCAUUGGCUUCGACGUGGACUACGACUUCUUGGAACGUAUCGCCAUGGAGAACAGGGGCAUGGCUCAGAGGAUCUAUGCCAACCAUGACGCCGCCGAGCAACUCCGGACAUUUUACAGCCAGGUCUCCUCUCCUCUGCUGAGGAGGAUCACCAUCCAGUUCCCAGACGACUCUGUGUCUGAUGUCACGCAGAACCGCUUUGACAAAUACUUCAGCGGCUCCGAGCUGGUGGUGGCCGGGAAGGUGCUGCCGUCCAAUAGCAACAUCCUGACCAGCUACACCACCGCGUCUGCUUCCCGCAUGGAUAUCACCCUGGAGACGGAGGCCGACACCGCGGAGUUGGACACGGAGCUGACUAAGCAGGAGCACUCGUUCCACGGUUUCGCCAGACAAAUGUGGGCCUACAUCACCAUCAAACAGCUGAUCUCUGAGAGGUCUCUGGCUCCAACAGCUGCCAAAAAGAGGAAGAUCACCCAGCGGAUCAUGGCGCUGGCCGUGGAGCAUCAGUUCGUCACUCCUCUCACGGCUCUGCUGGUGGAGAGCGAGGGCGGCACAGAGAGGCUGUUGGCCGACUCCCCGAAGGACCCAAAACAUGGCUGCUGCUCAGGAGUAGGAGGAGGAGGAGGAAGCCCCAAUGGUAUAGCUCCGGUCCGUGUUGUCUACCAGCCUCCACCCUGGGUUCAAAUGACCACUACGCCACCCCCGAGUCAGGUGGAGAAGGGUCCGGAGGAGUGGGCCCUGCCUCAACAGGUUACCUUAGUGGAUAACGACCCUCACUUCAUCGUCCACCUGCCCAGAAGUAACAUGGACGUCUGCUUCAACAUCGACUCCAAACCCGGGAACAUUCUGAACCUGGUGUCUGACAGUGGAACAGGUCUGGUGGUGAACGGUCAGUUGAUUGGCUCUAAGAAGAUGCACAAAAACAAACUGAACACAUACUUCGGCACCAUCUCGAUCUACUACCAGCCGGAUGGAGUCAGCGUGACCGUCAGCACUGAGAGCAUCAUCAUGACCGACGGCAGGAACAACCACUCCUUCACCUGGGGGUCAACGGCUGAGAUCACACAGGACGGUAUGAGGAUUUCCAUCAGGAAGAACUCUCACGUGUCCGUCAUAAUAAAUGAUAACAUUCAGGUGAUGGUGCUGCUUCACCGCGUGUGGAAGAAACACCCAGUCAGCGUUGACUUCCUCGGCAUCUACAUGGCCGACAACAACCAGUACUCCCCUCUGGUCCACGGACUCAUAGGUCAGUUUUCCAGAGAGCCUGAUGUGAGAGUGUACGAUGUCCACGAAGGAGUCGACCCUCUGAAGAAGCAGGCCACCAUGGAGGUGAAGGGCAACAUGCUGCAGGUCACCAGGGGCUGGCAGAAGGACUACAGGCACGAUAAGAAGCGCGGCUCAAACGUCUACUGCUGGUUCAUACACAACAGCGGGAAGGGCUUCAUCGACGGCCACUACACCGACUACAUCGUCCCGAACCUUAACAGCUUCCUCCGGAUGCUCUGAGCAGCCGGAGAGGCGUUCAAGUACCCUGUGCUGCUAUUAAACCUCCCCUGCGUCAGUACAGUUGUAAAGAGGUGAAGACGUGUACGAGAUGUCGACACUUCUUGAUUAUUAAGAUUAUUAUUUAGACGCCAGAAGUCACAUUUGCUGAAUUUAUUUGGAGAAAAUUGUUCAACUUGUACAUCAAUACAAAAUAAAACCCAAAAACAAAUCGAA